GGAGAUCGUGUUCCCCAGUUGGCUUAAGCAGCAUCUCACAGAGCCACUGAGACAGACGCAUUUGGUCCAGCAGCUCUCAACCCCAGCUGCAGAUGAGAAUCACAGGGGAGCUUCAAAAACUACUCGGGCCCCACCCCCAGCAUCAGUUCGGUUGGUCUGGUGUGAAGCUGGGCCAUCAUUUUUUUUUUAAACUCUGCAGGUGAUUCUCAUGUGCAGCCAGGGUAGAAAGCCCCUGACUUAGUUCACGGUCUGGCUGCAUGUGAUUGGGACCACCAGGAGGAUGGAAUCAGGGUCUAGGUUGGCUUUCCUCUUUUUAGAAUGAGCGCAUGUCUGCAAGGUCCUCACUGUGAUCCGGGGACACAUCACUGUCUUUCCAUGUGGAGCUACGAAGUCCCCUGUUUGCUCUAGCUCCUCUAGAGUUGUCGCAUGGAGAGAUGAGAGUGAGUAACAGUAGGUGAGCUGCAUGGAGUGUGUGCUCUGGAAGCACCUACCUGUCAUAAUUCACUUAGUUUUCACAAUAGCCCUAUGAAGUAGGUGCUUUUUUCAUACUUGGUUUACAGAUGAGGAAAUUUGAGGCAUGGCAAAGUUAAUGAACUUGUCUCAGAUCACCCAGCUAGUAAGUAUCAGAGAUAGGAUACAAACUCUGGGGAUACAAAACCCAGGUAGGGCCUAUGAUCUCAUCUCCCACUCUACAUUGUCUGGACAUGGGGCAGGCCUGGGGGAAAGGACACAGCCCUGCAGAAAUCCAUACUUGUCCUUCAGAGUUCUAUUGGUGACAUUAAGCUCCCUAUUUUUAGAUUUCAGGUGAUUCAGGCUCUGGGCCAGUUUGACCUGCAAGUUGUCCCUGUGCCCCUCUAUGGAAUGGGAUGACUAAGGGCAGAGAUCCUGAUCAGGUGGUGAGAGCAGGAGAGGCCACAUGCCCAUGGGAUCUGAACAGAAUGACCCAACUAAUCUCCUGGGCAGUGAGCCUUGGCUUCAGGCCACCCGGGGGUGGGGGUGGGGGUGGGGUUCUUUCACCCUGCACAGCCCUUCUGCUGAUGGCUGCCUGAGUAACAGGGAACUUGCAGGCCAUGGGACAGUGCUCUCAACUUCUUGUGACAUGGAAGUUAGUGGGGUCAUGGCCAUACUUAGUAUCCCAGUUGCAGGCCGCAAGGUGAACCCACACCUGCCUGACUGCCAUGGGGCAUUCUUCCUACCAGCAGUUUCCAGGAAAUGGGCUUGGCUCUGUUUAUCCAGCAAAAGAAAUCCAAUCCCCUCCAAGGAUGUUCUCCUGCUCAGUCAGUUCAUCCGGCCGCAUGGGGGCAUGCUGCCCCGAAGGGUCACAGGCCUGUGCCUUGAAGAGCACCGCAAGAUUGAGGAGUGUGUGAAGAUGGCCCACCGAGCAGGUAGAAGGCCCCUCGGGACUAAGAGGAGCAGAGGGCUGUGGGCACCUUUCCCACCCUCCAGCUGCCGUAUGUCCCAGCCCCUCCCGGAAGAGAAAUGGGUCUGCUCCCAAAUCACAGGCCUAAGCUCCCUGAAGGAUUCAUUCCAAAGAGCAGACCCCGACUCAACAGGUACCUGACCCGCUGGUCUCCCCGCUCCGUCAAGCCCAUCUACAACAAAGGCCACCGCUGGAACAGGGUGC